AUGGGUGGGAUAGGACGGUGUUGCGAAUCAAGCGGCAACUUCUAUGCCAACGCGGGUUGGCCAUCCGAGCGUCGACAACACGACGCUGCCCGUUUCAAUGGCCGAACUAGUGUACCAGCCGAUGGCCUCUGCGGCGUUACGGAGCUUGAGCUAUUGAGGCGUAGCCGUGGAUCAUCAACUGGCGAUGAAGGCCACAACGCUCAACCUCCAUCGGCUGAGGUGUCCCUAUUGGCACAAUUGGAGAUGAUGCUAUGCAUCCCGCUCGAGAACCCGUUGCUCAGCAAGCCGAGGCUGAGGAGGUCAAGGACACCUUCAAUGGUGAUGUCAGUGUGUCAGAGUGGGAGGCUGGUUGCUAAGACCAAGGCCUCUAACCCAACUAUCCAAGCACAAAAUGUGUUGAAGCAAAAGCUAGGUAUCAUAGAUAUGCCACAGGGUCUAGGCCCUAUGGCUUUGGAUAGUAUCAAGGCCUUCUUCGCUGCACUGUGUCACCCUCCAAACAAGAGGCCCUUCGAGCGCUCUUCGCUCUAG